AUGUUUCGCCGACGUGUGGUUCAGCAGCUCAGCAGCGCCGUGGCUUCUCUUCGGCUCCUGACUAUUACGCCUAUCCCGAUGCCGGCACUCUCCCCUACAAUGGAGAAGGGAAAGAUCUCGGAGUGGGUCACAAAGGUCGGCGAUGCCGUUGCCUCUGGUGAUACAUGGUGCAAGGUUGAGACGGACAAGGCUGUCGUGUCAUACGACAACGUGUCAGAGGAGGGAUUUGUUGCCCGUAUUCUUGUCCAGAAUGGCGAGGAGGCCUCCGUUGGUGACACGGUGUGUCUUAUCGUUGACGAGGCAGACGGCAUCAACUCGGACGAGGUGAAGAACUGGCAUGCAGAGGGUGCUGCCCCAUCACGGGCAGAGGAACCAUCUGCAGCUGCCGUGUCCCCUUCGACUGGUCCCGCUGCGCCAGUCACCACAUCACCUUCCACGAGCGGUGCCCGCGUAAAGGCAUCCCCGCUUGCCCGCAAGACGGCGCAGGAGCUCAACGUGUCGCUGGAGGGCAUCAUUGGCACCGGCGGUGGCGUUGGUCGUAUCGUUAAGAAAGACGUGGAGGCAGCGGCAGCUAGCGGCAGCGCGAGGCCAUCGGCCGCGGCAGAAGCGGCCGAAACCAAAGUCCAAUCCAUUCCCAAGCAAAUGCCGGCACCGGACGUAGCAACAGUAGCGGCAGCCUCGAAGCCCACACCAGCGGUGAACGAUAACUACACGGAUAUUCCUGUUUCCAACAUGCGUGCGACAAUCGCAAGGCGUCUAACGCAGUCCAAGAAUGUGGAUAUCCCGCACUACUACCUAUUUGAGGAGUGUUGUGCUGACAACAUGCUAGCGCUCAUUAAGCAGUUGAACGCCAAGGGUGAUGGCAAGUACAAGAUCACCGUGAAUGACUACACCAUUAAGGCGGUGGCAAGGGCGAACAUGUUGGUACCAGAGGCCAAUUCCUCUUGGCAGGGGGAUGUGAUACGCCAGUACAACACGGUUGAUGUAAGCGUGGCGGUUGCAACUCCAACAGGUCUUAUUACUCCCAUCGUCAAGAAUGCUCAAGCAAGGGGACUGGCGGAUAUCUCGACAGAAAUGAAAGAACUUGCAAAGAAGGCGCGUGACGGUAAGUUGCAGCCACAUGAAUUCAUUGGCGGUACGGUGUCCAUCUCCAACUUGGGUGCCUCCGGCAUCCCCGGAUUCACGGCCAUCAUUAACCCCCCGCAGUCACUCAUUCUUGCCGUUGGCUCUGCAAAGCCGCGGCCAAAGAUAUCAUUUAACGAGGAGACGGGCAAGUACCAGGUAGGCACGGAGGUGGAAAUGGCCAUCAAGUUCACGGCGUCCUUCGACCACCGCGUUGUCGAUGGCGCAGUUGGCGCGGAGUGGUGCAAGCAUUUUAAGGAUGCUAUCGAGAACCCACUUUCACUGUUGCUCUAA